AUGCCACCGACAGCAUUACCCACUCGGCCAUCAACGUGUGGUGGUACAUUAUUACGAGCCCGUCAAGCUCAAAUUACGAGCGCUGUGUCGGGUGGCAAUACAUAUGAGUUGGUGGGCACGCGUGAAACGAAUCAACAGAUUAAAUCCUCACCGGAUCAGUCUCUUUCACCAGCUGGCAUUUAA